AUGCCUGUUAUGAAGGGACUGCUCGCGCCUCAGAACACCUUUCUGGACACCAUAGCCACGCGCUUUGACGGCACACAUAGCAAUUUCAUCCUGGCCAAUGCGCAGGUAUCGAAGGGCUUUCCUAUUGUAUACUGCUCCGAUGGCUUCUGUGAGCUCACAGGCUUUGCGCGCACAGAGGUCAUGCAGCAGAGCUGUGCCUGCAAGUUCUUGUAUGGGCCUGAGACCAGUGAACAUGUCAUCCUGCAUGUGGACGCCGCGCUUGAGGAGCGCAGUGAACUCAAAGAGGAGAUCAUGUUCUACAAAAAGAAUGGUUCUGUGUUCUGGUGUCUACUGGAUGUUGUGCCCAUUAAGAAUGAGAAAGGAGAUGUUGUGCUCUUCCUUGCUUCAUUUAAAGACAUCACGGACACCAAGGCUAAGGCCUUCCUCGAGGAAAAGAAAGAAGAGCAUCGUCGUGGGCAGGUUAAGGGUGGGUCCCCAUUUGGCUCAACUCGGCUGCGCUCUAGCACCGUCCUCUACCACAUCUCAGGACACCUGCACAACCGGCAGAAACAGAGCAAAAUCAAACUCAACAAGAAUGUGUUUGGAGACACGCCAGCCUUGCCUGAGUAUAAAGUUGCAGAUGCCAAGAAGUCAAAGUUCAUCCUCCUUCACUUUAGUACGUUCAAGGCCGGCUGGGAUUGGCUAAUUCUGCUGGCCACCUUCUAUGUAGCUGUGACUGUGCCGUACAAUGUGUGUUUUAUUGGAGAUGAUGACCUGACGCGCAGCACCACGGUCAGCGACAUUGCUGUGGAGAUCCUCUUCAUCAUUGACAUCGUGCUCAGCUUCCGCACCACAUACGUGAGCAAGUCGGGCCAGGUGAUCUUCAACGCGCGGCAAAUUUGCAUCCACUACCUGACCACCUGGUUUAUCAUAGACCUGGUGGCCGCGCUGCCCUUCGACCUCCUCUACACCUUCAAAGUCAGCGUGGUGUCCGUGGUGCACCUGCUGAAGACAAUACGUUUGCUGCGGCUGCUGCGUCUGCUGCAGAAGAUGGACCGCUUCUCGCAACACAGCACGGUGGUGUUGACCCUGCUGAUGUCCAUGUUCGCCCUGCUGGCCCACUGGAUGGCCUGCAUCUGGUACAUUAUUGGCAAGAAGGAGAUGGAAAGCAAUGCGCACACACACACCUGGGAUAUAGGCUGGCUACAUGAGCUGGGCAAGCGGCUGGAGUCUCCAUACAGCGUGGCCAAUGGCUCAUCCGGUAGUGGACCAUCAUUGCGUAGUGUCUACAUUGCCUCACUGUACUUCACCCUCAGCAGCCUGACCAGCGUGGGCUUUGGCAAUGUCUCAGCCAAUACCGAUGCCGAAAAGAUCUUCUCCAUCUGCACCAUGCUCAUUGGAGCACUCAUGCACGCCCUGGUGUUCGGUAAUGUGACGGCCAUCAUCCAGCGCAUGUACUCACGCUGGUCGUCGUACCACACGCGCACUAAAGACCUGAAGGACUUUAUAAGAGUGCACCACCUGCCCCAGAGCCUUAAGCAGCGCAUGCUGGAGUACUUCCAGACCACAUGGUCCGUCAAUAACGGCAUCGACUCCAACGAGCUCUUGAAGGACUUCCCAGAUGAGUUGCGCUCAGACAUCGCCAUGUACCUGAAUAAGGAGAUUCUGGAGCUGGCUGUGUUUUCGUCUCUGAGUCGCGGCUGUCUGCGCUCUCUCUCUCUGCACAUAAAGACGUCGUUCUGCGCUCCGGGAGAGUACCUCCUGCGGCAGGGAGAUGCACUACAGGCACUCUUCUUUGUCUGCUCCGGCUCCAUGGAGGUGCUCAAAGAUGGCAUGGUGCUUGCUAUUCUCGGUAAAGGUGACCUGAUUGGAGCCAACUUGUCUGUGGAAAACCGGGUGAUAAAGACUAACGCAGACGUGAAAGCGCUGACGUACUGUGAUCUGCAGUGCAUUAAUCUGAGGGGACUGUAUGAAGUGCUGGACCUGUACCCUGAGUACUCCCACCGCUUUGUCCAGGACAUUACUCACGACCUCACCUACAACCUGAGAGAGGGACAGGAGCGCCAUGAUGAGCUGCAAGAGCUUCCUGCCUCCAAGGCUAAUUAGGUGCCACUUAUGUAUUCUGGG